UUGCCGACCUUGCAGCCGAACCCGGUACACCGUUACAUUUAAACCAGAGCACGGCAUGGAGCUGACUCGUGCUGUGGGUACUGGUUGACCACCUUUUCGGCCCAUGAAAGGUACAGGCCUUCCUGUCGUCAUUGCUAUCACCAACUUUGACGAAACUCUCAAGCAUGGCAGAACACAGGUACCUGGCAGAACCGCACCCAGAAUGGAUCGAGUUCCCCAAGAACCUCCCGCCGGGCACCCGUAUUGUUGGCAUGUCCAGGGACCGACUCCCCGUCACCCCGCAGCAGGGGCUAGAUAUCGACGAGUUCGACAUCACAGCCCGUGACGGCUUCUCAAUCCGCGUCCGGUCGUACCGUCGGAGCUCGGCGACCGCCGAGCCACUUGCGCUGUUCAUAUACAUGCACGGAGGCGGCUACGUCACCGGCAGCCUCGAAACCGACGAUUCGACCUGCCGCGCCACAGCCGCCGAGGUCCCCGUCGUGGUGCUCAACGUCGAAUACCGCCUGGCCCCGGAGAACAAAUUCCCCUGUGGAUUCGAGGACUGCUUCGACGUCGUCCGAUGGGCCGCCUCGAAAGACGGACAGGAUCGGCUCGCGACGAAACUAGACAAGGGGUUUGUCCUCGGCGGCACAUCGGCGGGGGCCAACUUCACGGCCGGGAUCGCACAUCUGGCCGUCCAGGAAGGGCUCUCGCCACCGCUGACGGGGCUGGUGUUUCUGGCCGGCAGCUUCUGCCACCCGGAUGCCCGGCCAGAGAAGUACCGGGACAGGAUCCUCAGCGUGGACGAGGUCGGCGACGCGCCUGGCCUGUCGAGGAGGUUGAUCGACUACUUCGCCGAAAAAUACGGCGCUCCCCCGACCGACAAGCGCCUCUCCCCACUCCUUUUCGACUCACGUGCCGGCAUAGCUUCCAAGGCGUACUUUGCCGUCUGCGGCUGGGACCCGAGGCGCGACGAGGCGCUGCUCCUCGACGAGCUGCUGCGCGAGGCCGGCAUCGCGACCAGGAGGCUCGUGUACCCGGGCCUGCCGCACGGGUUCUGGACCUCGUGCCCGGACCUGCCGGUUUCGAAGGCGUGGCUUCGGGAUCUGUUGGAGGGCGUGAGGUGGCUUGUCGAGUGACGGCCCAGUGCACGGGGGGCUCGAUCGGGUGGUGCUGGGCUGGGCCUGUAUUGUGCGGCGCAGAUCGUAUGCCGCUCUAUGAGCUUUGGUCAAUCACUCUGCUAGUUCUUAAUCAGUGGACCGGGAUG